AUGGCAUCAAGUGACAACAACAAUAACAGCGAUUACUACACACUCCUCGGCGUGAGCCGCGGCGCCACGCACGAGGAAAUCAGGAAAGCGUACCGGCGGCUCGCCCUCCUCCACCACCCGGACAAGAACCCGGCCAGCGUGCGGGAGGCGACGGUCAAGUUCCAGCGUAUCCAGGCCGCCGUGGAGACGCUCUGCGACCCCAAGAAGAAAAACGCGUACGACAGAGAGUGCCGCCAGCGAGAGAAAAAGAGGAAGAGGGACGACAGCUGCAGGAAGAGGGAGCACAAGAGAAGGAGGGAAGAAGAGCAGCACAAACACAGCCAUCACAGAGAACGAGGGAACGACAAGAGGAGAAGGAAGCAGAAAGAAAAGAGGCGCAAGAGGUAUCAGAAGAGGCGGCGACGACAAGCAAGAGUCUACAGUUCUGAUGAGGACGAGGAAGAAGAUUUACAAGACGACGUUCAUGAGGAAGAGAGCAGCGAGCACAGCGAAUGCACGGAAGAGAGUUCUGACGAAGAAGAGGAACGUGUGUAUGGGGCGUACGAACACGACCCAGAUUACGAGACGGAGACGGAUGAAGACUCCGAUUCCUGCAGCGACUACGUGUCCGAGGAAUCGUCCGAGCUGGAGACUCCGUCCGAGGAAGAGUCUGAGCCAGAGUCUUCCCACGAGCAGGACUCCGAAUACGAACCCGAGUCCGAGGCGACGAGCGAGUCAGACAUGGAGGACGAGAGCGACGCCUCCUCCGAGCAAGAUGAGGAGGAAGAACAAAAAGAGGCGGAACAUGAGGAGGAACAGUCUGAAAGGGAAGAGACUAAUGGAGAAGAGCGGCACCAACACAAGCAUGGAAAGAGAAAAACACAGGAGGAGGAUGAAGAAUUUAAGCAACCAACUCCAACUGUACAGACCACCACCAGUACUCCAGUACUCCCCACCCUGGCAACUGAUCCUGGCAAGUCUCCCAGUUUGACCUUACUCAUCCUGGCAACUUCUAAGAGCAACUCUGACUCUCUGACACUGUGA